AUGGAAGACAUAGCAGUGUACUGCUCCUGGGCUGAUACGCAAUUGAAUAGCGAUGCCUCAAUCUUUCAGCGGCUGCCGACAGAACUCCGGUCUAUCAUACUCCAGUCGACCGACUCUCAAUACCUAGAAUGUCUUGCACACGCCGCCCGGUUGACACAACAUGCGGAUAUUCUCUUUCCGCUUUACAAACCAUUAUAUCCGGAGUUGGUGGCCAGGUGGAUCGAGUCGACUUCUCACGACCAUAAGGAAAUCAUCCUUACAAUCUCGUCCUUGGCUAGGAUCCUGCCUUUCGUUGGCUGUCUUCGCCAAUAUGUGCAAAUCCUCCUGCAAUCGGAGCCUAUGCGGGCUCAUGCGACGGCUGCAAAAGGCGGCUUUCUUGAACUGAGUGACGAGGAGUUGAAUCUUUUCUUGCUCGCCUUAUUUCGCCUUCUGUCGUUUGAUCGAGAUAUCCUUGCUCAGAGCUCUAGCCCUUUGUUUUUAUCGUCAUUGCUCCAGCAUUCGUCUUCACCAAUCAGGUAUCUGGCCAUUCAAUGUCUCUGUAUGGUCAUGCACUUCAGCGAUGCAUUUUCCGAUCAGAUGGUUGAGUCGUACGUGGGAGAUGGGCCAAUCUGGGGGCGGUGGGAAGGCAGGAAUAUUGAUCAUCGUCUAUUGAAACUCUGGGAGGAAAAGCGAUGGAAGGACGUUUCUACGGAGGUGGUCGAUAUCGAGAAGCGCUUCGCAACCGCCUCUGCUCUCUCUUCGACGCAAAGAUUCAAUCCGGACAGCAUCUCCCCGCGAACAGCCGAUGUUGGUGGAAUCCUUCUCCCACGCUCGGGUCUUUUGGAUUCCUCAGUCUCGAAGUUUGUCCUCACAGCCACAGCGAAGCGCAAUCUGCAUCGACUGGGCAGUUGCUUAUCAGAUCGACGGCCUGUUCUGCUCUGCGGCUCAGCAGGCUCGAGCAAGACAGCCCUUGUUCAUGAGGCCGCGAGAUUGCUCAAUCAACACUCUUCUAUGGUCACUCUGCAUAUCAAUGAGCAAACUGACGCCAAAAGUUUGUUGGGACUCUAUACAUCCUCUUCUGAUGGCAAAUCUUUCACCUGGAAAGCCGGUGUAUUAACCAAAGCAAUACAACAGGGAAGGUGGGUCCUGAUCGAAGAUAUCGACCGAGCCCCAGCAGAGGUCAUGGGAGUGCUUCGCCCCAUACUUGAGGAUGGUGAGCUGUUUCUGCCCAACCGAAAGGAAAGGAUUCAACCAAAGGAUGGCUUCCGCAUAAUUGCGACUCUGAAAACUUCCGGGCGCUCUCCAGCCAACGUGGCUUCACGUCAUUCCUGGCUUUUGAGUCCUCGGUUAUGGUCUCUAAUCGAGAUAGAAGACUAUGAAACGUCAGAGGUCGAGUCUCUGCUUCGCUCCAGGUUUCCAUCUGCAGAAGCCUUUAUUCCCACCAUCUUACAAGCACAUACCCAAGUCGUUGCGUUGUACAGACACGAGCCCCGUCUCAAAGCCUUACAGACACGGUCUCCUUCUCUUCGAGACUUGCUCAAAUGGUCGCGAAGAACAGUCAAGAGGCUCGGAAAUUACGGACAAGGACCGGUAUCUGCAGCUCUACCUGAGACAAUAAAACUCCAGAUUUUCAACGAUGCAGUCGACUGCUAUGCGGGCUAUCUGAACGAUGGUGAUCUCCAUGAUUUGGUGGCUUCAUGCAUUGCCCAAGAGAUGGGAAUAUCGCCACAACAAAUGCGACAUUGCCUGGACGAAGCAUUUGUCACUAUAUCGGAGACGAAUUCUACUAUUCGCGUCGGUCGAAGCACUCUACACAAGGUGGCUCAUCGUCGUCGCCAGACGAAUAAGGGUCCAUUCGCUCUCACCAGACAUGCUCAGAGGACACUUGGUCGCAUUUCUGCCGGUGUAACUUGCUCAGAGCCCUGUAUGUUGGUGGGUGAGACCGGUGUUGGAAAAACGACCCUGGUACAGUAUGUUGCGGGCCUAGUAGGUCAGACACUCACCGUGGUGAAUCUCUCGCAACAGAGCGAAGCAAGCGACCUGCUUGGAGGAUUGAAGCCCGUCACCACCAGGUCUCUGAUUCUCCCUUUGGUGGAACAGUUCAACAUACUAUUCGAGGAUACGUUCUCUGCAAGGAAGAACGAAAAAUUCCAAUUGGCCAUUCAGAGAGCAGUCACGAGGCAAAACUGGCAGAGAUUGAUGAUCUUGUGGAAUGAAGCCAUUCAGCUGGCGGCAGGUUCGCUGAAUGUCUCGUUAGAACCAUCCAACGGAGAGGGUGCCGUCCAUGUGAACAAAAGACGGAAACUCACAACGCCGAAAUAUGAUGCAUUGCGCACGAGAUGGUCCGACUUCUCUGAAAGCCUCAACAGAUUACGUCCACAAAUUGACCACGGAAACAAGAACCAGACUUUUGCUUUCGUGGAAGGAAGGCUAGUACAAGCGGUCCGCGAUGGCGAAUGGCUUCUCCUCGAUGAAAUCAACCUCGCCUCUCCCGACACCCUUGAUCACAUUGUAAGUCUGCUCCAGAACGGUGACGAUGAAAAACCAACCCUUCUUCUUGCCGAAGCCGGCAAUAUUGAAUCUAUUGUUGCGCACCCGAACUUCCGAAUCUUCGCCGCGAUGAAUCCGGCUACGGAUACUGGGAAAAAGGACCUUCCACCCGGGUUGCGAUCUCGUUUCACAGAGGUCUAUGUCCCUUCUGGUGAUAGCGAUGUUGAGGAUCUCACAAAGAUUAUUCAGACCUACCUAGGCUCGCAGCUGGAGAACGACAAACGGGCUGCUCUGGAUCUUGCAAAGGCCUACAUUGACCUCAAGCAACUCAAUCAGGAGAACAAGCUCACCGAUGGGGCCGGGGAUGUUCCACACUUCAGCAUUCGGUCGCUUGUCCGAUGCCUCAUGUACGUCUCACAACAUGGUGCGAGCCAUGGUUUACGGCGUGCGAUGUUUGAAGGCUUUUCAAUGAGCUUUUUCACAGUGCUUAGCAGAGCAUCUGAGAGCCUGGCUCUUCUCUUGCUCGAAAAGCAUCUCCUUUCCAAUAUCAAAAACAAGAAAUCCUUCCUCAGUCAACAACUGAAGAUGGCGUUUGAUCAAGAGCAAUACAUCAUUUUCAAGCAUCAUCUUGUCAAGAAAGGUCCUAUGAGCCCCGACUUGCAACCCCACUACAUCCGGACGGCAUCUGUAGAGCGCAACCUGGUCAAUUUGGCUCGAGCAGCUUCGAUGCGACGCUUUCCUAUUCUCCUUCAAGGUCCGACCUCUGCCGGAAAGACUAGCAUGGUAGAAUAUCUUGCAAAGCUCUCUGGUAACAAGUUUGUGAGGAUCAAUAACCAUGAACACACAGACCUCCAGGAAUACCUUGGAAGUUACGUUUCGGACGCCGAAGGAAAGCUGGUAUACCGGGAGGGAGUCUUGGUCGAUGCUCUGCGGCGCGGGCACUGGAUUGUCCUCGACGAACUGAAUCUAGCUCCGAGCGAUGUCUUAGAAGCCCUCAAUCGCUUACUUGAUGACAACAGGGAGCUGCUCAUACCUGAAUCACAAGAGAUCGUCCAUCCACAUCCGAACUUCAUGCUCUUUGCUACGCAGAACCCUGCUGGGCUCUAUGGGGGACGAAAGAGAUUAUCACGGGCAUUCAGGAACCGCUUUCUAGAGCUCCAUUUUGAUGACAUCCCCGAAGAUGAAUUGGAAAUCAUCCUCAGAGAACGUGCACAGAUAGCUCCAUCUUUCUGCACCCAAAUUGUCGCUGUGUACAAAAAGUUGUCAUUGCAGAGACAAUCUGCAAGGCUAUUUGAGCAGAGAAAUAGCUUUGCAACCUUGCGUGACUUAUUCAGAUGGGCAGCCAGGCCUGUGGAUGAUCGGCAACAGUUGGCAAACCACGGGUUCAUGCUUUUAGCUGAGCGAGUGAGGGAUCCUGCAGAACGGACAGUGGUCAAAAAGUCGAUUGAGGAGACCAUGAGAGUGGUCAUUGACGAGGAGUCCAUGUACGGCUUAUCAGCAAUUCCCAACUCUGUCCAAAAUUUCGGUUCUGUUGUGUGGACGUCAGCCAUGAGACGACUCUUCGUACUGGUAUCUGAGGCCCUGAAGAGCAACGAGCCUGUUCUUCUGGUGGGCGAGACCGGUUGUGGGAAAACUCAGAUCUGCCAGGUCAUCGGUGAAGCAUUUGGUCGGCCCCUUCGUAUCUACAAUGCACACACGAAUACCGAGACAGGUGAUCUCAUCGGGUCGCAACGCCCUAUUCGAAAUCGCUCUGAGCUGGCGAACCAAAUACGAGAGAAUUGGCGUGAUCUAGCUGUACCUACGCCAGACGGCUUAUCCACGGACGGCGAGGUCGAGCAACUGAUCGCACAGUUCACGAGCCUCGACAAAUCGGCCUUUGACCCCGAGACCGUGGAACGGACCAGGGCUAGCAUUGCUGCCUACCAGUCCCUUUUCACUUGGUCCGAUGGCAGCCUAGUAAGAGCUAUGAAGUCGGGCGACCAUUUCUUACUAGAUGAGAUCUCGCUAGCUGAUGACUCCGUCCUUGAGCGGCUGAACAGCGUGCUCGAGCCCUCGCGAACGAUACUCCUUGCAGAGAAAGGCUCCGUGGAUAACCUUGUGAUCGCUCACCCAAGCUUCCAGUUUUUGGCUACGAUGAACCCCGGGGGAGACUACGGGAAACGUGAGUUGUCAGCAGCCCUUCGCAACCGGUUGACUGAGAUCUGGGUUCCGCCCCUGUCGCACGAAGAAGAUAUACUGCCCAUUGUUCGGAGCAAGCUGAGCUUGACAAGAAGGUAUCUUGCCGGAGCCAUGCUCGACUUCGCCAUCUGGUUCCGCAGCACCUUUCACAAUUCUGCAUCCAUGGCCAUUCCUCUACGCGGUCUCCUGGCAUGGGCAGACUUCAUCAAUCGUGUCCCUUUCCUUGAUGAUGAACCUGCUUUCCUCCAAGGCGCCUUCAUGGUCUACGUUGACUCCAUUGGCGCGAACCCUGCAGGUAUGACAUCGAGUGGCGUUGUUGACCUGGACGAAUCAAGACGGAAAUGUUUGAAUUACCUGCAAAACCUGGUGAAAGCCGAUGUUUACGAGAACUACGAAGAGGCGCCGAUACUGAAGAUAGCUUCUGAAGGUCUCCGAGUUGGACGAUACUUGCUGCCUCGCUCCUUAGGAGAACCUGAGCAUGCUCCCGAUCUUGUAUUCGACGCUCCAACAACCCUCCAAAAUACCAUGCGAAUUGUACGCGCUCUGCAAAUGUCAAGGCCAAUCCUUCUCGAGGGGAGUCCUGGUGUCGGCAAGACAGCUAUUGUGACUGCACUUGCUCGAGCUUCUGGCAAGGAACUUACUCGCAUAAAUCUGUCGGACCAGACCGACCUCAUGGAUCUAUUCGGUGCAGAUACGCCUUCCGAAAGUGAAGAACUGGGUAAUUUCUCCUGGCAGAAUGGACCGCUGCUCAAAGCAAUGGAAAGCGGUGGGUGGGUCCUCCUGGACGAGAUGAAUCUGGCUUCUCAGUCCGUGCUUGAAGGUCUCAACUCUUGUCUCGACCACCGCAGGGAAGUUUAUAUUGCUGAACUGGACAAAUCCUUCACGUGUCAUCCCGAUUUCACAUUGUUUGCUGCGCAAAACCCUCAUCACCAAGGUGGGGGACGGAAAGGCCUUCCUGCAUCCUUUGUCAAUCGCUUUACCGUCGUCUAUGCAGAUUCCUUCCGGGAAGAAGAUUUGCUGCGCAUUUGCGAACACAAAUAUCCCAGCAUUGCAGCAGACCGACUUAGCACAGUGAUAAAGACAAUCACCAAUGUCGAGCGUGUCGUGUCUCGUGCACCAGCAUUCAGUCAAGGAGGCCCGUGGGAGCUCAACCUGCGUGAUGUUGAUCGAUGGCUGAGAUUGUGUGAGCAGCAGCCAACUCUUACUCCGUCCUGUCACUUUCGCACCAUUGUGGCCGAACGUUUCCGUACUGCUGCGCAAAGAGAACUUGUGUUGGACAUAGCCGACCACGAUCCUCUCGAGAGCUUCUACUGCAGUCUGGAGCCGUCUUUUAUACAGAUUGGCACUGCUUUCCUAGCCAGAGAUGGCGUGUUGCAACACACAAGCGCCCCUGGUUUUGCAAUCCCGGUUGCACAUUUGCCCGCGGCAAAUUCUGUUAUCACGGCCAUCAACCAAAAAUGGCCAGUAGUUCUGGCGGGGCCUUCUGGCUGCGGCAAGACUUCGCUAAUUCGAUCUAUCGCUGCUGCAUCUGGGGUGGAACUCGUGGCAUUCUCAAUGAAUGCCGAUGUGGACACAAUGGAUCUUGUCGGUGGCUUCGAGCAGUACGACGUCCGGCGCGACGUCGUGGCCUACCUGAGCGAAGUCAAGGAGGCUGUACAGAAACGCCUCGCUGUUGCAAUGCGAGAUCAGAGUCAAGUGCGCCAGCUGCUUGAGUUGUGGGAGGCUCUUGCAACUGGCAAUCUCGAUCCCGUCCAUCUGCAACGGGUCCUGUCAUCUGCAGUCCCUUUCUUGCCCGAGGUUCAAGACUGCUUGGCGAGGCUGUCAGACCUUCUCAGCUCGCCAGACACUUCUCACUCACGAUUCGUUUGGAACGACGGCAUACUUGUGGACGCAUUGGAACGAGGCUCAUGGCUCGUUCUUGACAACGCCAAUCUUUGCAAUCCGUCUGUCCUGGACAGACUCAAUUCACUUCUUGAACCGGAUGGCUUCCUUGCCGUCAGCGAGCAGCACAACGCUGGGACUGACGCCAGAGUUGUCAGGCCUCACCCGGGUUUCCGAAUCUUCCUGACCAUGGAUCCACAGUAUGGAGAUCUCUCCCGAGCGAUGCGAAACCGGUCCUUGGAGAUUGCCAUGCCUGCUGUACCACUUGAUCAAAAGUCCACGCCGGUGAUCCAGUAUCCUUGUGCUUCGGCGGUCGCCCGUCUACGAAGCUUGCUUCAGGCUACAAUGACCGGGAAUAUAGAGACAACGAUCGAAUCACUCAUUGAUAACCUAUCCCUCAAAGAAAUGGCUUUAGCAUUGGCCAACUUGAAACAUCUGCCUGUUGAUGUGGCUGAUCAGACCCUUGCGAUCGAGCUGAACAAGAGACAGACUCUGGGUUCUGAGACCUUUGGAGAUUUGGUUGCACCCGCCGAUCUUCUGGCUUCUACCGGACUUCCUCUACUGGUCACACUUAACGAGCCAUGGUUCUUGCUCCAGAGACAGCUUGACGUUGAGUCUUUGCGUCAUAUGACUGCUGAAAUCCUUACUCGAGGAUGGUACGUCUCUCGACGUGCAGAAGACAUUCAAGCAAGACUGAGAGAGGCUUCUGCUGUCGCUCUCUCCGUCCCUUUCAGUGCGCAAACAAUGCUUCAAAAGUCAACUACGGCUGUCGAUAGGAGAAAGGCGCUGGGCACGAUCCCCCAGGUGGCCUCUUUUGCCACUCAUCUCAUCUCCGAUUUGUCAAGAGCCCUCAAGACUACAUUCAGGGCUAGGUUGAGUGUUCCUUUGCUAGAGGCCACAGAGCGGAUCCUUGUUUUCAGUCAAGAUGUCAUCGAUAAUCUUGACACGAAAACGCUAGACUUUGCCCUGCUUCAUGCUUAUAUGCAACUAGGAUCUAAGCUCGCUCGUUCCCAGGCAGCCAGUCUUGAAGGCCUAGCCUCUGUGUUUCUGCAGCACCUGCACAUGCUUUCAGCCCAUGACAGCGGACUAAGUACUGGCUUGGGCCUCCAACUUAUGUGGCAGCCCUUCCAGCCGAAGACAGCAAAAUCACUGCCGCAGCUUGAAACGCAACUGAGGCUAGAAGGAUUGAUCGCCCGGUUUGAUCAGCUAUGUCGAUUUUUGCCUCAGUCAAGGGGUUCAUUGUCGGCUCUAAGGUCAAAGUUACAAGACACCUAUGUGUCCAUUGUCGAAUCCGAUCAGCCGGAAACGUCCCUAUUGGCUUUGCAGGAAGCUGUGGCACAGUUGGAGGCACAAUCACAACGCGGCUUCUUAUCAGAAGGCAAAUUCCAAAACGAGCUCAACUUCAUCUAUCAGAUGCUGAAGUUGCAAAGACGACAAAACAAUUCCAACAAUUCCAACAAUUCCCGUGAUUUGGCUGUGCUCGAAAUGUUCAUACCUGAAUCGAAAAGAAACCUACUUACCAUCGGGGACAAUACGUCGGUGGCCGCUUCUCUGAACCAAAUUGGAUCUCUAGACAAGGACGUGAUAUCGGGCCAUGAGCAUGUCGGACUGGAUCUCAUCAGACGCUUGUUUGAAGUUCGAGAACAGCCCCUCGGCACGCUUGAACACGCGAAGGAAGAGCUGACUGUGUUGAUAAAGACAACGACAUCGCACCAAUUGACCUUGGACAGAUUCAUUCUGCCACUUGUCGCGCAUAUACGGACUGUGGUCUCCGGGGUGCUGUGGGCACACUAUGAUUUUCUGACAGAAGAGGCCAGGGCUUGCUAUGCUGCUAAUGAAGCGUUUGAUCUUGAUAGACUUGCUGCGCUCCCUGAGCAUGCUGUCGUUGUCGAUGAGCAGGACAAGGCCUACUUCCAGGCAGUGUUUCAGCACUAUCUUCAUCCGACUCUUUCCGUCUUAAGCAGCCAACAUCCGCCUACUCUGGAUGAUGUCAAAACAUGUCUGCUCAACUUAUCACUCGCAGGCCUUAUAUUGAUGGUGCCAGAUAAAGUCUUUGAUCCCGCAAUCCUACCGACGAUCGAAUUCCAGCAGCACCAACGAAGAUUAACCGAACUUCAUUCCCGGAUAGAUGGGCAACGGCUCUUCCAUAGCGAGGUCAUGGGACAAAAGACCAGUCUCGUAAUUCGAGUCCUGGAGCAGGAAGCCCACGACCUGGGUCAUGCAUUUUCACCUCCAGCAGUCUUCAGACCGAGUCAGUCUGAACUCCCAAGCCUUCAACAGGUAUUUUCGAGGGUCGCGGAUAUCGUGUCUCCCGGUCAAUCUCACAUGUCUCCUCUACCAGGCAGUGACGAGUGGUUGAAGCAAUGGUCCAGCCAGCAGAGCAGGUCAAAUCUAGCAAUCAUAAUCGAUCGCCUUGAGCAUUCUCACCGGGUCUACGAUGACUUCGUAAAGCCUAUCGCGUGGUUCUUGAAGACUCUGUUGCUUGGACUCGAGCUUGAGUCAACGAUUGCUGGUCCAGACUGCAAACCUGGUGUCAUUCAGGAAGUCGUCAGUCAUACUCCGAUGCUGGGUGCCGAACCAACACAUCUUCUCAUAUGGAAUGCCCCUACUGUAUCCAGACCAGCUCUCCGGUUCCUUUGGCUCGAGUACAUUGGUAUGGCUACACAUCUUGUGCCGGAACAAGGCUGGGCAGUAUCUCGCGGCCUGCUCAACUUACUGGACGAGUUUUACGGCGAAUGGAAAGCGCGCCUUACCAGCGCACAAGCCGAAUCUGAAAUCCGAUCCCGCUAUUACACUUACCGUGGUGAUGCUGAGCAGGACGAAGAGAGUGCAAGUCAGGAACUGAGGGAAAUGUUUCCACAAUUCGACGACGCCCGCUCAGAGGACAGUCAGCGGGAGGAAAAGUAUGAUGCACGCAAUGUUUCCAUAAGAUUGGCUGCCGCACUUCAGAAGAUCUACCCUCGCCAGGAUUUCACAGAUGCUCUCCAAGGCUACAUCGUGCGUGCUUUGGAGACAAUUUCAGAUUUAGACGUGAGUGAGAGCGACAAUGCUGGAGCCGCACUCACCGACCUCUUGCCUGGAAUCCUCCUGCAGAUGGAAGCUGAGCUGACAGCGCUCAGUGGAAGCCAGUCUGAUAUCCAUUUCAAUAUCUACACCGAUUACAAUAUCGCCGAGAGUCAGAAGCUUUUUGAUUUGGUCCGCCAAGUCGAAUCGAGAUUCCAAGCAAUCCUGGAGAGGUGGCCAGAGCAUGCUGUACCUGCAGAGGUUCUCUCUUUCUGCGCAGAGGUUUUACAUCUGAGCAUCAGAGAUCCACUUGCAAAGCUUCUUGCGAAAACCGAGAAGCUUUACGAAAUCGUGUCACAGUGGCAGAGCAUUGCCAGUCGUGAGUGGUCUGUCGCCACCCUCCUUGGACAGCUCUCAGCCAUGAUUGUCAACUGGAGACGGAUGGAGCUGCUAUCAUGGUCCCGCCUACUUGACGAGGAACAACACAGGCACGAACAGGAUGCGCAGGGCUGGUACUUCGUUGCAUAUGAAGCCAUCAUAUACAAUGCUACGAGGAUGCAGGUUAACGACGACGUUGGGCAGUCUUAUUGCACGUCACUCGCACGAACCUUGGAAGAGUUUCUGAAACAAACAACAGCAGGUCAGUAUUCGUCAAGGUUGAGAGUGCUCGAUGCGUUGAACAGAUUGCUGGACGACCUCUCGUGCCAUGAAAAGCAGCUGCUGCCCGUGCGCAACUGCGUUGCCAAUAUCAUCGACCAUUACCGAAGAUAUGAAGCGAACGUCGCCGUCUCUCUGCAGACCGGCCGUGCGGAUCUUGAGAAGGCAUUAACAGAGCAGAUCAAGUUGGCCAGCUGGAAAGAUACAAACGUGACAGCACUUCGUGACAGUGCCCGGCGGUCGCAUCACAAACUGUUCAAGAUCGUCCGGAAGUAUCGCGGUCUCCUGAAUCAACCUCUCACAGUGUUCAAACCAUCCGAAGAUACUAGUUUGCAAAUGCGAAUUGAUGAUGCCGUCGGCGCGCUGAGCCAUUCCUUUCACGAAGAGAAGGCAGUUACUCGUGCGCAACAUCAGUGCCGACAGGUGAUCACAGGUUGGGAUGCCCGGCCUGAGCGUGUGACGAACCCUCUAGGGGCCAUUCAGACCAUGCGUCAUCUGUACACGAGCACCAGUCUCGAGAUCCAGCCUCACCUAGAGUUGGCUUCGUUCCGUGAAGAUCUGAGCGAAGCGAUCAAAGAAUUAAGGGCACAAACACCAUCCACGCUAACAGAAGAGAAUACUGCUUUCGUCCGCCAUCUACAGGAGAGAAAGCGACGGCUCCUCGCGGACACUAUGAAAGCAGUCAGCCAAAUGGGCAUCAGGAGGAAUUUGGCAACGUCCGAACUUGAGAAGCAGUCUUCGACAGCCGUUAUACUGGCUUCUUCACCGGAGUUCUCGCUAGAGAACGUUUCUCCCGUCUUAUAUGCUGCCAACAGCGCAUUCCACGAUCUUCUUGACACAAUGUCUCAAGUCCGCGCUGCUCGGGUUGACCAUUCUGACGAUCUCACUGAGGGCGAAAUCAAUCGCGGUGCCGGGUUACUGGAAGGUCUUCUAUUCAUGGCAACGAAUCAACGCCGAAACAUCGCACUCACCACUGAGGGCUUGAGAGAUCUGCAUGAACAGAUAUUGCUACUCCGGACCUUUCAUACCUGCUCAUCGGACAUGCUGUCAUCCAGUGCGGGUCCUGCUGAGAGACAAACACUAAUAAAACGACUUGCCUGGCUCCUUGAGGUGUUGAAGCUCGCUGACCGGAUAUUGAACUUCCAAGCGAAACAUGCCAGUCUUGAUAUCACCGAAUUGGUUGAGUCAAUACGGUCUUACAGCAGCCGGCUCAAGGAAAUGAAAACAGGACUUGAGAGCAUACCUCCUAUGCCCGCGGGCUUGCAGAGUCACCAUGCACAUGAUCUGCAAAUCCAAGCAGCUGAGCUCCUUUCGCAGCUUGGUACAUUAUUGAUGACGUGGCAAGUCAAGGAGCCGCUGCUAGAGUCUGUUCUCAGACAAAUCAUUCCUUGGACUGAAGAGAUAUCAGAGUUUCAAGAUGGAUCUGUCAAUGGUGUCGGCAACUUCAAUCUGCAAUCCUUUGAUUACGACCUUCGCAUCCUGCUCGAUCAGAUUUUCGUGGCCUUGCAAGCAUUUUCUUCCUCCCAAGCAGGCCUACCGAAGACAGUGGAGGACGCCGGCUGGCUCUCGAAGUCUGAUAAUCAUAUUGCACGAACGAUCCGUUCCCUCCAAGCAAAGACUAUCAGUCAAGGUCUCCGAUCGUUACUCGGUAAGCUCCACUACUUUGAAAGGGAUGAUCUUGCGAAUGUCAGCAACUUGCUGCUCGUGGCAGCUCCGAUUAUCGAACAGUAUUACUAUAUCCAGGAACAUCUCCAUCGUUAUCAAACCGCAGUUCACCUUGAAACGUGCCGGGUUGCUCUACAACUGGCGAGAUCUUUUACCAUCCUUGCAAGCCAAGGCCUUUGUCGACCUUCAGAGCCUGCCAGCGGAGAAGAGCAAUCUGGUAAGCUCGAGAGCGGCAUGGGUCUCGGUGAAGGUGAAGCUGCCGAGGAUAUUAGUAAAGACGUUGGCGACGACGAGGAUCUGUCUGAGCUUGCACAAUCAGGACAGAAAGAGGAAGAAGAAGGCGAAAUGGAAGAAGCAGAUGACGCCGUUGAUAUGGGCAACGAUGAUUUGCAAGGCGAGAUGGGAGACCAGGGAGAACAGGAAUCAGGCCAAGACGGAGAUGAAGAGCGCUCAGAUGAGGAAGGAGACAAUGAUAUUGACGAGGAGACAGGCUCAGUUGACGAGCUAGAUCCUUCUGCUGUGGAUGAAAAGAUGUGGGAUGACAUGAAGGAUGAAUCAAAGGAAGAUAAAGAAAUGAAGAACGACAAGGCACAAGGCAAGAAGUCGGAUGACCAGACAGCAGCAGAGGGCCACCAAUCAGAAGGGGAGGACAUGGAGGGCCAAGAAGGAGAAGAACUGAAUGACGAAGAGGUUGAAGAAGGUGAAGGGGCGGAACGACCUGAAGCCGAGAAUAUGGAUCCCUACCUGGAGAACGAGAAGGCCUUGGAUCUUCCAGACGAACUUCAGUUGAAUGGUGAAGAUGAAACCAAGGACGAUGACAUAUCGGACGACGGUAUGGAUGAGCUUUCAGACAUCGACAACCCUGCCGAGGAGGUUGUCGAGGGAGACGUGGAGGAAGAAAGCGAGAUGCAGGAGAAACCUAUGGAUGACACUGUUGAAAGUGAAGAACCAGGCGCUGACGAGGAUGAACUCGAAGAUGGCGUUGCGCAGGACGACGAGAUCAUGGAGGAUCAACCUGAAGAGAGAGAGGACGAAGAACAAGCCGACCACGAUACCCGCGAAGAUGAUACAGCUCACGACAUGGACGAAACCGCGGGUGGCGAAUCUGGAGCUGCCAAUCAAGUUCAAGAUUCUGUCGAUCCAGAACAGAUGACCCAAGGCAUGAAUCAAACUGAGAAGGAGCCGGACCCGCAGCAAUCACAACCUGGCAAGGCUUUGGAAAAUGAGGAGCAGGGCGAGACCGGCACUGGCGCCAUUGAACUGGGCACGGGUCGGGCAGAUACUCUCGAGCAUCAACAGAACGAGGCCCUCAGGAAGCUGGCCGAUGUCCUGGACCAAUACCAUCAGCGGCGAGAGAUCCUACCCGCUUCUAACGAGCAGCGGCAAGAAGACAAGGACCAGGAUGUGGACGUGAACAUGACCGACGUUGAUUUCGAACAUGUCCAGGACGAGGCUGAAGGAGAUACACAAGCGCUGGGUGCCGCGGGCGCAGACCAAGCCCAAAAUCUCGACCAGAGCCGAGCCAUCGAAGACGACGAGGCGCCCAUCAACGAAGACACAGACCUUCCCGAUGUCCCAGAGCCGGAAAUACCGGAGAACAUUGCCGACAGAUUCCACCGCCUGCAGGCUCAGUCCAAGGCGCAAGAAGCGAGCAUGUCUAGCGGAUUCAUACCAGACCAGGAAUCACGCCGCAACGACCAGAACAGUGCAGCUCCGGAAGCCGACGAAGCGUCGGACGAUCUAGCGCCCGAGAUCGAGCAUUUGGACCUCGAGCAGCACGAAGCAGCACAGGCCUCCCCUCCAACAAGUACUUCAGACGCAGCGGCACUAUGGAACCAUUGCUCGGCAGUGACGCAUCAAUUCUCACUGGUAUUGACAGAGCAGCUCCGACUAAUCCUGUCGCCGACGACAGCGACCAAACUGCGCGGCGACUACCGCACCGGCAAGCGGCUGAACAUCAAGCGCAUCAUCCCGUACAUCGCGUCCAACUACAAACGGGACAAGAUCUGGAUGCGGCGGGCGGUGCCGAGCAAACGCAGCUACCAGAUCAUGAUUGCCGUGGACGACAGCAAGUCGAUGAGCGAGUCCGGCGCGGACGUGCUGGCAUUCGAGACGCUGGCGAUGCUGACCAAGUCGCUCUCCAUGCUCGAGGUCGGGGAGCUCUGCGUCGUCGGCUUCGGCGACCAGGAACACAUCACGGUCGCGCACCCGUUCGGCACGCCCUUCUCGCCCGCCGAGUCGGGACCUAACGUCUUCCGCGCCUUCAGCUUCAACCAGCGCGGCACGAAUGUCCGCAACCUCCUCCGUCAGAGCAUCCAGCUGUUCCAGGACGCAAGACGCAAGGGCCAUUCCGCCGCGGAGGAUCUGUGGCAGCUGCAGCUGGUCGUCAGUGACGGGCACUGUUCGGACCAUGAGGCCAUUGCUCGUCUCGUCCGCCAAGCCCAGGCCGAGAAGAUUGUGAUUGUCUUUGUCAUUGUCGACGCCGGCCCAGAGAGCAUUCUUGAUCUCAAGGAGGCCGUCUUCGAGCCUGACCCGCAGUCGACAGUUGAAGGUGGCCCGGUGGAAAUGAGAGUCCGCACCAAGAGAUACCUCGAAGACUUCCCGUUUCCGUACUACCUCGUUGUCCGAGAUGUGAGAGAUUUGCCUGGUGUUUUGGCCACAGCGUUGAAGGGUUGGUUUGGGAGUGUGGUUGAUGUUCAGUGA